AUGGAAGUCGUAAUGUUUAUUGAGACAACGAUAACGACAUCCGUCCGCUUUCAAAUGCAGUUCCUUGAGCGCGCGGCGCCUAACUGGCAAGUAAGUGCAUGUGCUAUGGGUCUCCUGACUUCGAUGGAUGACAUUGCCCUCCAAACGUACUGA